CUUUCCACAAAGGCCAGCACGGAAUUUCGAGGUUUUUCGCAUCAACCUCAUUUCGCUUUUUUUUGAUUAUAAACUCAUUUGGACACUCCUUCACAACCGCAGCAUCAGCACUAGCAUGCCAUCGCCGCCAAAGCCGUGGGAAAGAGCAGGUGCCGCGGCGCAAGCUGGUCCCGCCCCCACUGCAAGCGCCUCGACACCCGCAACUACAACAUCCUCCACAACCGCUCCCCCUGCCAUCCCAGCUCGUCCUUCUACAUCUACCAUGAACACUACAAUGACAUCAAAUACCCUGAAUAGACCAGGUUUCGGAACCGGUGCUGGAUAUAAUUCUUACACUACGGGGACGGGCUAUGGAAGUACAUAUGGCAACUCGUACGGUGGAAGCUCUUACGGGUCUUACUCCUCACCAUAUAAUCGCUAUGGUUCUGGGUACGGAGCGGGAGGUUAUGGUUCGACAUACGGGUCCUCCUAUGGCGGAUAUGGUUCAUAUUCACCGUACAAUCGCUAUGGAAGUGGCUAUUCUCCAUACAAUCGCUUUUCCUCUCCAUACGGACCUGGUCCAGGUGGUCCAGGUGCCCCAGGAGAAAUGCCUCUCUCUGCACGCAUGGAGCAGUCAACCCAAGCAACCUUCAACACACUCGACCAAAUCGUUCAGGCUUUCGGAGGGUUCGCGCAAAUGUUAGAGUCCACAUUCAUGGCUACUCAUUCGAGUUUUAUGGCAAUGGUUGGAGUAGCUGAGCAAUUUGGCAAUCUCCGAUCAUAUUUUGGUCAGAUUUUUUCGCUCCUUUCGUUGUACCAAGCGGCGCGACGACUAGUGUGCAGACUGACUGGACGACAGGCACCUGUCGAUGCAUCGCAACUUGAUCCAGACGAAUUCAAAGCGUUUGAAGACCGCAAGAAAGCAAGCAAGAAACCAAUAUGGGUUUUCUUGUUCUUCACAAUCGGCAUCCCUUGGUUGAUAUCAAAACUUUUCCAAAGACUACAGAGACAGCGUCUUGAAGCCGCUGCUGCUGGUGCUACUGCUGACCCUUUAACAACAGGCCUCAUCGGGCCCGACGGCCGCCCAUUACAUCCAAGUCAAAUACGUGAUCUAGAGUUUUGUCGCGCUGUAUAUGAUUUCGCUGGCGAAUCUCCUGCGGAGCUAUCGCUGAAGAAAGGGGACAUUGUGGCUGUGCUCAGCAAGUUGGAUCCAGCGACUGGACAGCCUGGAAUGUGGUGGCGAGGCCGAUUGCAGAGUGGGGAGAUGGGCAUGUUCCCAUCCAAUUAUGUGGAGAUCAUUCAGAAACAGGGAACGGCGCAAUCAUCGCCACCAUUGCCUCCUGCUGGCGGGCCGGCCGGAAUACCAAUGCAAAACGUUCCGGUACUCGAUCCUGCUGCCUUCAAUCCUGAUGCAAUAAUGGAUGGAGACUUUGGGCCAAUCAUGCAGUGACGUUGUGGUGGAAUUUGGGGAUGAACGUUGGGGCUUGAAUUUCCUUGUACAUGGUUCUUAAAUAAUACGGCAUUUCUCUGUUCGUUGUUGUGUUCUGUGCUUCGAGUGCGUCUGUGUGGGUUACUUUGUUACCAUCCUAGCAUUGU